AUGGAAGACAGAAAUGCCCAGGCAUACACGGAGGGUAGGAUCGAAGCUCCAGGGGCCCAGCCAAGUCCUGACCUUAGGACCACCAGCAAGAGGGCUGGUGUUGGGCCCACCAGAUCAGGAGUCAGCCAGGCUGUGUUUCCAGAUGCUCCAGAAAUGGGUGGUGGGAAGCAGCCCUCAUCAGCUCCAGAAGGUCCAGAGAAGGAGCCUGGACACACAGCAGCAUCAGAGGAGCAGCCUCCGGAGCUUGGGACCCAGGAACUGAGGCCUCAGACAGGGCCAGGGAAGAAACAAUCAUCUUGGGCCCCCCAGGAAGGAGCCGGGGAGCUGCAAGCAGACCAGGAUGAGACCAAGCCAGGGAGCAAUCUGGGGUUGCAACCUCCCAGGGUCCCUGUAGCGUUCGAUGAGCUGCAGCAGCCAGGCUCAGGGACAGAGCCUGAGAGCCAGCAGGGGAGGCAGCCAAACCCAGGUACCGCCGAAGGCCAGCCCCCUGAGAGCUGCCAGGGCCUGGAGGAUCAACCCACCCCAGAUCACCAGGCAGCAGACAUAACACAGUCAACAGAGCCUUGUUGCACCUUGGACAGCUGUGGACAACCCCUGGGAGACAAUCUCCCUCAGGAGGCAGGCAUCCCACAUAACAAGCCGCAGGACACUCUGCCAAAGCUGGGCCCAGGGGAACAUGAGGACAGUUCCCAGGAAACAAUGCCCCUAAUGUUCACAGUGACCCUGGAGGAAAAGACUGACAGCCCCUUCCAGCCAUCAAAGCCAGGACCUAAAACACCCGAAAGAGGGUGA